AUGUUCAGGCGGUGGCCACUCGAACGCGUCCUUCCUCUUCUCUUCGUGGUCGCGCCCGUCUUCGCGGGAGUACAAGAACAAUGGUGGAACAUCACUUACGUUCACGACGUCAAUCCCGACGGCCUGUACCCUCGUCAAGUUAUCGGUGUCAAUGGCACUUGGCCACUGCCCGCCGUGAACGUUAACUCUUCGGAUUCAUUCAUCCUGCACGUAACAAACUCCCUAGACCAGCCCACGACUGUUCAUCACCACGGCAUGUUUUUCAAUGGCACCCCUUGGUUUGACGGCACCACCGGUGUCACUCAGUGUGGUAUCCCCCCCGGCGCGCAAUUUGACUACAUCGUCCCCAUCAACGAGUCCGGCCAAAUAGGCACGUACUGGUCGCACUCGCACUUCGGGGGACAAUACAUAGACGGUCUGCGCACCUCCGUGGUCAUCCACCCCGAGACCGAAAAAUACACGUACGACGCAGAGUACACUGUCGUCCUCAGCGAGUGGUACCACGAGCAGUCGAGUGUCCUCCUAAAGAAGUUCAUAAGCAUCGCCAACCCGGGCGGUGCCGAACCUAUUCCCAAUUCUGCUAUCAUGUACUUCGGGCAAUAUGACAAGUGGCUUGGGCCGAUCUCGGGAACUAAUCCGGACCCUGUUACUGCUGCCGUGGGUUUCAACGAGAACGCCACGCUGCCAUUCGAGCCAGGAAAGACUUACCGUCUGCGGCUCAUCAAUGUAGGAGGAUUCGCAGCACAGUACUUCUGGAUAGACGGACACGAGAUGCGCAUCAUCGAAGUUGACGGUACGGACGUGGAAGAAUAUCCCGCAGAUAUGCUGGAAAUCACCGUCGCGCAGAGAUACUCCAUUCUCGUGACGGCGCGCAACGAUACGUCUUCCAACUGGGCAGUCCACGCCAGAAUGGAUACAGUUAUGUUCGACAAGGUCCCCCCAGGGCUCAACCCUAAUGUCACCUCGUCCAUUACCUACAACUCCUCCGCGCCGAUCACUAACCUCAGCCCUGUCUACAACCUGACUAACAUCGAGGACACAAACCUGGUGCCGCUUAAUGUGAUUGGGAUGCAGCCUGCAGAUUACACGAUCGCUGUCGAGUUCGUGUUCGACACGAUGGACGACGGCACGAACCAUGCGAUGUUCAACGGGACGACGUAUAACCCGCCGCUCGUGCCUGCGGUCUUCUCGGAGCUAUCGUUGGGAGAGAACGCGACCGUCGCAGAAGCGUACGGCCCGCUCACUUUCGUCCUCGACCACCUGAGCGUCGUCGAUAUCGUCCUAAUGAACGGCGACACCGGGAAGCACCCCUUCCAUAUGCAUGGGCAUCAGUUCCAGAUCGUAAACCGCGCGACGAACUAUCUCUCGGACGACCCAGAGCUGAACCCGCCCAUCAACGAGUCGCAGCUGAACCCCGUCCGGCGCGACACCGUGCAAGUCAUGGGCGGGAGCUCGGUCACGCUCCGCUUCAUCGCCGAUAACCCUGGCGUCUGGUUCUUCCACUGUCACAUCGAGUGGCAUCUGGAAGUCGGGCUCGCGCUGCAGCUCGUCGAGGCACCACUCAUCGCGCAGGAGCGGGGUCAGGUCCCACAGUUCAUGAACGACCAGUGCCAGGCGCUCGGGAUGCCGUACUCCGGGAACGCCGCUGGGCACACGUCUGCGACCGACCUCAGCGGGCUGCCGCUAGGGCCCUACCCUCAGAACAAUGGCUGGCACUCGCGUGGCAUCGGGGCGAUGGCUGGAUGCGUGCUGACCGCCGUGAUCGGUAUGGCCACGGUUGUGUGGUAUGCACUCGGUGGGAACAUCUCCGAUGAGGAGCUCGAGUACGAGGUGCGGCUGCACCAGGAGGAAAAGGAGAAGCGCGGCCGCUUCUUCGGCUUGAUCAAGCGGCGGCAGGCUGGAGGGUCGGACUAA